AUGCGCUCCAAACCUUGGCUCCCAAUUAUUAUCUUAUUUAUUGCCCUGAUCUCCGAGUUCCGGAUAGGUUCGUUACUCGUUUCCCUGCUUUUUUUUGGGUUCAAAAUAAUGCUUUUCUAGUUUAGCAGCCUUUUUCAUCAAGAAACUUCUUCAUAAAAAUAAAAAUUAUCGUUUGAAAGUCAUAAAACUCCCCGAACUUCCUCAAAUUGUACCGAUUACUCAUGUUACCGAUAAAGUUUCCUGCUUUUUCCUUCGAGUUUUUUGGGUUGAAAACUGCUUUUCCUGUUCAAAAGCCUUAUCAAGAAACUCUAUUAUAAAAAUGAAAACUAUCGUCUGAAAUUCAUAAAGCCUAUCGCGCAUUACAAUAAACUCCUACAUAGAUAUUGCUCAUGUUACCGAGUAGGUUUCUUGCUUUUUUGCAGUUUUUUGGGUUGAAAAUUAUGCUUUUCCAGUUCAGAAAUCUUUUUAAACAAGAUAAAUCCCCGAAAAAAAGUGAAAAAUAAUAAUUUGAAAUCCAUAAAAUCGAUCAUGUAGUUAUUGCUCAUGUUACCGAAAACCCUACCCAUUUUCCUACUUUUUUCGGGGUUUUUCGAACCGAACCGAGAUUCUUGAGCUUGGAAACUCUUUAUUAAAAUAUCUCCAUCAAAAAAAAGUUGACUGUUCGGUUUGAAAUCCAUGAAACCUAUCGCGUCGUGAAGAAAGUUUCUACGAAGCUAUUGCUCAUGUUACCGAAUUAAUUACUUAUUUUACUAUUCUUUUUGGAAAAAUUCAAAUGAAAGUGCAAGUUCUGAGCUCAGAGCUCUUCAAUAAAAUAUUCAACUUCAAAAAAAUCGACAAUUUGGUUUUUUUAUCCAUAAAUGAAUCCAUAAAAAUCUAUCGCUUCUUAAAAUACGCAGCUAUUGCUCAUGUUACCGAGUUAGUUACCUUUUUUGUCGCUUUAUUUAGAGUUUUGCGAAAUGAAGUCUUUUAGCCUAUCGAUUUCGAAAAAAUGUCCACAUCAGGAAACAUUUUUGAGAUUUAAUUCACUCACUGAGUUUUUUUUUCUUCAAAAAUCCACGGCUUCAAAAUUUUCAGGUAGUCUCCAGUUACUCCCCUUAAGUGACUACUUGACUCGAAAUUGAGAUUUCUCAUCAAUUUCUUCAUCAUUCUACAUAGGAUCCUAGCUUUUCAAACCGCAAAAUUGAAACUUUCUUUGAAAAAAUGAAAAAUCUAAAAAAAAACUUUCACUCUUUGAAAAAUUCAGAAACAACUCAGGACAAAAGAGUGCCCCCUAGAGGGCUGAAAUUUAAGUGGUCCCUAAAGGGAUUCAGGCUCUGAUUCUGAAGCUCAAGUGGUCCCUCCGUUUUGAAAGAAAAAAAGACGUGUUUAAAAGAUGUAGCAUAGUCCCCUUGAGUGACCCCUUUUGCGAGCUUUAGUGGCCCCUAUAGGGAACCCUUCAAGUAUCCUCAAGGACGCUCCUCUAGGGAUCACUCUGGCGUUGGCAAAGGUGAGAUAAUCACGCUAUAAUAAUCUGAGUUUAUAAUUUAUUUGUACAUAAAAAGUUCUUGAAACAGAGAAAUGAGUUUCACAAGGUCAUAUUAAAAAUAUUUAUAAAAAAAUGCCUAAAUUGUCUUAAAUUCAGGGACAGAAGCAUCACUGCAGCCAACAGACUUGAAGAAAUAUCAGCUCGACGAGAAAGGAUUCGAAAAGGUGAUAAUUAUUAAUCAACCUCUAAUUAACUAUUUAAAAUCCAGGUGAGGACGAUUCACUCGAAUUGGUACGUCCAUUCCGUCAAAGCGCUCAUUGUCCAGCUCUCCAAGGAACUUUUGCCCAAACUUCAAGGAGGUUUUAUUUUGAAACUAACUGGGAAAAUUUUAGUGGCCACUAUAGUAGUCAAGUUAGUGGCCACUUAAGGGGUUAAAAAUUAGUGGUCACUAUAGAGGUCUAAGUGCAACUACUAGACCACUAAAAAUUUUAGUGGCCACUUUAGGGAUCAAUGGAUCGUCAUAACUGGUCCAAUUUGUUCGUUUUAAAAUUAUCAGAGUUACUGGAAGGAAUACUGGAUGAAAAAAUUGUUGAAGUGGCCACUAAAACGGAAAAUAGUGGCCACUAUAGGGGUUCGUUUAGUGGCCACUUUAGUGUCCACUCCAUUUAGUCUUUGGCGAGCCUCUAUAGUGGCCACUUAAAAUUGUCACAGAAUUUUUGUCAUUCCCUUACUUCAAAAUGAAAUAGAAUAUCAGUAGGCCUGAAAAAUCAACAAAAAAUGAGGUAUUUGUCUACCUUUACCUUGAAAAAAUCAAAAAACCAGGACAAUAGAAGAGGCUUUCGAUGUGUUUCUUAUAGAAGUAAAAAAAAAAAGAUUUUGUUAUUAAUAUUUUCUGUGUGUGAAAACGCCAAGAACUGCUUGGAGAGGACACUAAAGUGGCCACUAAACCCACCUCUAUAGUGGCCACUAUUUUCCGUUUUAGUAGCCACUAUAGAGGUUCUCUAUUUAGUGGCCACUUCAGUAGUUUUUCAUCCAUUAUUCCUUCCAGUAACUCUGAUAAUUUCAAAUCAAACAGAUCGGACCAGUUAUGUUGAUCCAUUGACCCCUAAAGUGGCCACUAAAUUUUUUAGUCGGAUAGUAGUGGCACUUAGACCUUUAUAGUGGCCAGUAAUGUUUAACCCCUUAAGUGGCCACUAAUUUGACUACUAUAGCGGCCACAAAAACGCCAAAAACAGAAAAUUUUCCCAGAAAAAUGAAACUUUUCUUUAAUAAAUUUUGAAAGAAAACCGAGUAUUUUUUUUCAAAUCAAGAUACUACAAUAACUGAAAGACUCGGAGGAAAUACAACAUCUUUCUCUCAAACAGGGCAAAUUUAUUAUAUUCUUAUAACGGUGAAAAUACUUUAGAAAGUUUAUGGAAGACUUCUCAAAAAUUAUGACGUUUAAAAUAAGUUUAGAUACUUAAAAUAAAUUAAAACCUUGCCAAGAAAAUGCUCAAACUAAAAACAAUUACCGAAUUUCCCAGAACCAAUAAAAUCACAAUGGUUUUGAGCUAGGUUUGAAACUCGCUAAUAUUUUCUAGAAGGUUCCGGACAAGGAAGGUUAUUUUACUUUGCGGUUGGGAAUUUCCUAAAAAUCGGCCAGAACACUUCUGGAUGUACCAGAUGAAGAUCCUGGAAGUUUCAACCUGCACAACUUCCUUGUUUUCGAGAAAAAAAGCGCAAAAAUAGGCAUUUUCAUGGAUUUUGAGAGUUUUUCUGUCUUUGAGGCGUCUUUUCUCAAAAACGAGGAAGUUGUGCAGUUUGAAACUUUUAGGAUCUUCAUCUGGUACAUCAAGGAGUGUUCUGGCCAAUUUUCAGGAAAAUCCCAAAGUAAAAUGACCUCCCUUGUGAGGUCUUUACCGAUACAGUACAAGCCAAGAUUUUUAAAAAAUCAGUUUGUCUCAAAUUUCUGAUCCUUUGGAACUUUCUCUCCAUCCUUCAUUUACCUCAACCUUAUAUCCGAAAACCAAAAAUAAAACUGAUAAUAGAUUUUAAAAAAAUAAAAUAAAAGACGUUGAAAAAAAAGAAGGAAAGAAUAAGUUUUCAAAAAGGAGGGAUGAAAAAUUGAUUUAAAAAAGUAGUUUUUCUUCAGAAAGAGGUGUUUAGAAGAUUCCUUUCCUCAUCUUUAAAGCUUGAAAAGCCCCUAUAAAAGGUCACUUGGACUUCUCCUUAGAAUUUGAAUUUCUAAACUUUGAGAAAAAAUCCGAGAGCUUUUUCUAGUGAGACACCGGCUAUUUGGAAAAAAAACUGGCCUUUUACCAGGGAUUAAAGCUUUAUAUCUUCAAACCUUUGAACAAAAAUCUCUCAGUUUGAUUCAUCAAGCUUUCAAAAAUCUUAAGAGAAUAGUUCCCCAGUUCUUUGGUCAAUACAGUACAAGAAGUGAUUUAUAACAAAGAUCGUUGUCGUCUCGACUUCUUGGUCCUUUCGAACCAAAUCUCUAUCUCUCAAUUUACUUUCCUUGAAGAAACAAAAAAGGGGCGUUCGAAGUAUUUUUAAUUGAAAAAUUCAGAAAUAAGUCCCUAAGAUAGUGACUUAUCAUUUAGAAAACUUCCAAAUGUCCUUUUUUAUACCUUUUAAUAGUCUCAAAAGUAUUUUAUUCCACAAGUCCUUCUACUUUGAGACUUUGAACUUUCUAAAAAUUUUUAAGAGGUUUAAAUUAAGAUCCCCCUAGUCGCUACACGGUCCAACUUCAAGAUUCCAGCUUCAAAAUUCGAAAAAUUAGGCUUCAAACCCAUUUUUCGCAAAUUUAAAAAAUCACAUCUGAAAAACUAGAAAUUUGCGCAUGUAGCGACUAUGAGGGAUCUUCAUCUAGACCUUCAGAGAGUGUUUGAGCAAACCGCAAAGUGAAAGGACCUUCCUUGUGGGGACUUUAUUCGAUUUUUUGACUAGAAAAAAAAAACUUUUUCAAAGAAGAAUUAUGUUUUUUGGUCAGUUAAGUACAAAAAGAGAUUUACAACGAAGAUUGGUGUCGUCUCAAUUUCUUGGAUCUACCGAAUUUUUUCAAUUACCUGGAUCAGAAAAAUUUGAAAAAUGAUGAAAACAAUAGAAAGAAGGUUUUUGAAGGAAGAAAGCGAAGAUAAGAUUUAGAAGCGGGAGAAAAAAAGACCGAUAAAAAUCCUUUGCUUUAAAAAUUUAGAUAAAAAAGCUUAAAAAAAGUUUUGCACGUUAUAAGGUUUUAAAAGUCUCUUAAGAAAAGGUAAUUAUUUUGAGAAUUCCUUGAAAAGGGUCCCUAACGAUCAUUGAUGCCCCAAAAAAGAUCAUUAAAGGCCCAACUUCCCAGUUUUCGAUAAAUGAGAGCUCAAGGCCCAAAAAUGGCUUGGUUUUCAUAUUUAAGGCGUUUUUUUUCGGAAAUGAGAAAGUUUUGCUGAGUGAGACUUUCAGAAUCUUUUUCUUGUAACGUGAACGAGUGUUCCGGCCUUUUUUUCAGAAGUUUCCCAACCAGAAAUUUAAAUAACCUUCUUUGUUAGGAUUUCACCCACAAAAUGAAUUUACAAGAACUCUUAAAUAAAAGAAAACCACGGUUUUUUUGGUCAGUGCAGUAAAAAAAAAGUGAUUUACAACAAAGAUCGUUAUCACCUCGAUUUCUCGGUCCUUCCGAACUUUCCCCCGUAUCUCUCCCCUACCUGAACCGUCUCUCGGAAAACCAAAAAAGAGACAGACUGCGCCGAAUUUGUUUCACUUUGAAACUUUUCACUUUCGACCCCUCCGACUAACUGAUAAAGGGUCAUUUAUCUUUCAAGUCUGUGCGCAGGGAUAAGCGCACUUUUACGGCGAUACAUUUCAGUUCGAUAGGAUAAGGUUUUUCCGUGGAUUCGAAGAUUUCGGUCGCGUGGAAGGGAACAGGAAUUGAUGAUUGUUAUUUCAAGAAAUUAGGGGUAUCAGCGCUACAGUAGGGGUUAAAAUAACAUAACGAAAAUCUUCAUUUUCGCUGAUUCUUUUGAGUUAAAAAGAAAAUGGGAGUGGAGAAAACAAACUUCAAGGUCAAAAUAAACUAUAUUUUGCUUUUAAAUGUCAUAUUUAUCAUGUUAUUUCAUUUUUGAAAAUUUUCUGGCGACUUUAAAAAGCGAUGAAUGAUGAUAUAUGAAAAAUUAUCAAAUGAAUGAAACGUAAAAAAACUUUUUUUAAUUCAUUUUUUUGAAUUCUAUCCGUUUCACAUUUUGUUUAAAUACAUAAAAAAACAUUAGGAACACUAAAAUGAAAUUAAAAAAAUCAAAAAUUCUGAGGAAAAAAAUUAUAAAUAAAAAUAAUAUUAAAUUGUAAAAAUUAACCUUGAUUUUUUUCAACGGCAACCGCUUCAAAAAGUUCUUUAAGUCGAAAUUUUUUUGAGCAAAGGCGUUCCGAAGCCUAAAAAUAUCUACAUAUAUAUCAAUACAAAAAUUUUUGAAUUAUCAAAAAAAUAAACUAGAUAUUGAAACCAAAGUUUUUCGAAAUGAUGCAAUUUUACAAGGUUUACACAUUAAUUUCACAAAAAUUGAAAGGCAAAAACGUUUCAAGCCAAAAAAUGGAUUGAAAAGUAUUUAAAAAAUCAAUUCAACAGAUUAUAAGAGAGAAAUACAUCUAAAAAAAACAUUUUGCUAAAAAAUAAAAAUUUAUUAUAAUAUUUUUGCGCGUCACGGUGCAGUAUUACGUCAUUGUGUCGCCUUUAAGUUUUACAAAAAAAAUUUUGUUUUCUCGCGCUUUUCUUUUUUCCUGUUUUCCGUGACAUAAAUUUUUGAUAUUUGUUUUUUAAAGAAGAAAAAUUGAAAAAAGGUCUUCGUAAAAAAAUCUCUAGAAAUCGAAAACUCUUAUUUCUUCAAAUAUCGUAAUUUUAUUUCUCAUUUUCUAUGUUGAUUCCCACUUUUACAGAGAUAAAGUCGGACUUUCUGUUAUGCCUUUCUCACAUUCGAGACAAAAAAGACGUUGCCGCGGCUGCCCAUUGCCUUUUAGAAGCUAGACAUCAGUACCAGAAAUUCUUGAUUGAAAGGUUUAUUUUUGUCGUUUUUUCCUGUUUUCCAAUGAUUUUCUUUCAGGAAAAUGAAGAAAACUCGGAAAAAUGGAGAUCAAAAGAUAAGGUAAGAUUAUGAAGCUUUAAAGCUCAUUAUUUGAGGUUUAAUUUUAUUUUUCAGUCAGGAAAAUUCUGCAUUUAUCGUUGGUCGAAAUUUCAUGCCUCCUUUGAAUGCCACGACGAGGUUUUUUCUAUUUUUCGAUAAAAAUAUAAUUUUUUCUUUGGUUUUAGCUUGCCGCCAACAACCACUGAACCAUCGACCACAACAACCCAAGCUUUAAAAAAAUAGUUAAAAUUGACGGGUUCGGAAUUUUAGAAAUUUUUUUCUAAAAAUAAACAUAUUUCCAGAAAGGUCACCAGGAUGCCUUUCAAGUCAUUCAGUCGGUUUUUCAAGUCAAAUGAUAGGUUUUUUAGGUUUCUGGAAUGGAAAAUGUAGUAUUUUCAGGAAAAAAAUCUGUUAAAUAAAAAUAAAAAAAGCGAAAAUCGUGGCGAAGGCGCCGAAAGAAUCGCUUGCCGAGCAUCUACACAAGAGGUUUUUUUGGUGAGUUUUUGCAAAAAAAUCGAGAAAUUUCAUUUUAUUUUUUUGAAUCUUAGUGUGUUGCUUUUGUUAAAAAGUUUAAAAAAAUACAUCAAUUUUUUUCGAUUAUGAAAAGUUUGGGAAGCGUCAAAAAAAUCUAAAAAAAUUUUUUUUUAGUUUUUUUAGCCUUCAAAGACUACUAUUUUCCAUAGUUUUUCGAAGUCCUAGAAAAAUCCUAGAACGUUCUAAAAAAACUUUUUUUGUUGUAAAUUCUGAAAAAAAUCACUUUUUUUCAGCAACGAAUGCGAUUUUCACCGGCCAAAUUGGCCCAAAAAGCCACUAAAACCCCUGAAAAAACGGAAAAGAACCCGAAGAACCCGAGUGAAGAGAAGUCUGAGAAGACUCGUCGUCGAUUCCGUCUCCAAAAGUGACUCCGAAGGAUUUGUGGUCAGUUUUCUGAGAGAGGCGUGAACCGCUGCAGGUCGGGUGCAGGUCUUAAAAUUCAGAAAAAAAAAGAGCAUUUAUGAGUAUUUUGAACUGGAAUUGACUUUGAAAGAGGGAUUUUUUUUAAUCGAGCAUAUUUUAUGAUCGAAAAAUAUCAAUUUUCAGUGGUUUCGGCCCAAAUUCCGGGUAAAAUCCAUGAAAUCAAAGCCAAAAAAUGAUUUUUUCGGACUCAGAUGUGUUUUAAAAAUCGGAAAAUGCCGAAUUUUGAUGAUUUUGACCCGAAAAAUCCCUAACAUCGACGCCAAAAAGCGACUCCCGUUCAAGUUUAAAUUUAUGUAUACGAAAAGUUUGAGAAUUCUAAGUUUAUGGCCCAAAUUUCAGGUUAAAUAUAUGAAUUUGACGCCGAAAAAGGGAUUUUUCAAAACUAAGGGUGAUUUUUUAAUCGAUAAAUGCCGAAUUUUAAUGAUUUUGACCCAAAUUCCAGAUAAAAUCUAUGACAUCGAUGCUAAAAAGAGCGUUUUUUCAAGUUUUUAGAUCAAAAAAUAUGGACAUUUUGAUAUUAGGGCCUUAUUUUUUGGUUUUAUCCAUGAAAUAGAUGCCAAAAAAAGAGUUUUUCAAAAUUAAUUGUGCUUUUUCAAUCGAUAAAUGCCGAAUUUUAAUGAUUUCGGCCCAAAUUCCAGGUAGAAUCCAUGAAAUCAAAGCCAAAAAAUGAUUUUUUCGGACUCAGAUGUGUUUUAAAAAUCGGAAAAUGCCGAAUUUUGAUGAUUUUUGAACGAAAAACUCUCUGAAUUCGACGCAAAAAGAGCAUUUUUCAAGUUUUUAGAUCGAAAAAUAGGAAAUUUUUGAGAUUUGGGCCUAAAUUUUAGGUGAAACCCAUGAAAUUGAUGCCGAAAAAGAGAUUUUUCAAAAUUAAGGGUGAUUUUUUGAUCGGAAAAUACCAAAAUUUAAUGGUUAUGGCCAAUAUUCGAGUGAAAUCCAUGCCAAAAACGAUUUUUUUUCUAAUCCAAGUGUAUUUUUAAAAUCGCAAAAUGUCAUUUUCAAAUGAUUAUGACCCAAAUUCCAGGUAAAGUCCAUGAAAUCGAUGCCGAAUCUUAAGUCGACGGACCAAAAAACGCCGGUCCAAAAAGUCGCCGGACUUCUUCAGGCCAUUUUCAAGAACGCCACGGAAAAUUCGACGAAUUCCGGGUUUUUUUUCAAUUUUUCCUGUGUUUAAUUCAUUUUCAGGCUUGUUUUAGUGCUCAAAAACAGUUGGAAAUUUGAAAAUUCCUGCAUUUUUAUUAUUUAUUUCGGUUCAAACAUCAGUUUUCGAUUAAUUUUAACCUAGAUUACCAGAAUUUUUAUCAAACUUUUAUCAAAAAUAUAAUUUUUCCUUGUUUCAACUUAUUUAGUGCAGUAUUUUACAGUGAAAUUGACUUAUCCAAAAAAAAUUUUUUAGCCUGAUUUUCUUCCAUUUUACAUUUCUUCCCUGUUUCAAAAAAAUCAUUAAAUUGUUAUAGUCCUCAUGCACAAGUAUUCAAGUUUAUAGGCAGGAAAACGUGGAAACUCAAAAACUUUAAAUUAGAAGUUAAUUACUACAGUACCCCUAAUUACAGUACCACAGUUUCAUGACUAUAGAGUACCGCCUCCUACCGUACCACCUACCACGUAUUCCAUUACCACUUACUACAGUACUACCACUUACAGUACCACAAGUAACAGUAAUACCGAAUACAGUAUAUUACUAAAUACAAAUAUAGUAUUCUAAAUCUCUACAGUACACCUCUAAUUUUUCUCAAGAGCUAAACUGUAUUAGGUGGUACUGUAGUGAUGAAACUGUGUUACUGUAGCGGGGUACUGUAAGCGGGGGUACUGUAGUACCGCGUCUUGUAGUACUGAUUUUUAUUACUGUAGAUAGUAGCAAUGUAGCACUACAAUGAUACUGAAAAGUGAAGUAGCUUAGAGUGCUGUAGUAGGACUGUAGCCUGGAGUACUGUAGGGUGGCAUGCUUCGAAAGAUUUUAGAAUUUUCUUUGUUAAAGAAUAAGAAAAAUUUCCUGAAUCACAUGAAAAAUCCAGAUUCUCCCAAAAAAAAAAAAUGAAAAAAAAUUCGAUUUCCAGAGGAACUUCCUGGACGGAGACGUACAAAAGCAUCGUUGAGCUGAAGAAACGGCUCGACGCCAGGGAAAAGGGUCCCGGAGCGAAAGUUUACAAUCAGAGAAUGCACGAUCUGGUCCUGGACGUUCCUGAGCAGACGAGCGCUUUGAUCGAGGUUUGGAAAAAAAUCGAAAAAAAAUUGAAAAUUUGAUUCAAAAUCGCUUUCAUUUGAGAGAACUGAGUGGGAAAAUAUUUUAUUUGAUUUUUGUGAAUUUCUAGCACAAUUGAAAAAAAAAUGCCUCGAAAACGAAUAUUUUUAAUCUUCUGGAGACUUUCCACAUAAUCUUGAAGUCGAUUAUUUUUUUCAAUUGUUGAAAAAAAUUUUUUUCUUUGAAACUUCUCAAAUUUUUUUGCUUUUAGGGCAGCUUUUUUUCAUAGAAAAAAAUGUUUUUUUUCAAAAGUUUAAACCUUGAAAAAUAUCAAUUUCCAGCCAAUUUUCGAGCUUUUCUUCGAGAAAAAAACUUGGUUUUUUUAGUUAAUUUUUCAACCAUUUGUAGUGAAAUAAGUCUUGAAAUUUCACUUUUUUUCCACAAUUUAUUAUUUUUUUAAACUUCAGAGUUCCUGAAAUAUAAUUUUUUUCGAUUCAAUUAGCGCAGCAAUCUCUCGAAUAUUUUCACUUUAAUUUUUUUGAUUUUUUUAAAUAUUUUUUUCUUAGUAAUUUUUUUCUUAGUAAAAAAAUAAUUUCUUAGUAAAAAUUUAAAAAAAUAAACAAUGGAUUUACCUUUAUAGGUACUUUCUUUGAAAGAUUUUUUUCGAAAUAGUAAAGUUGCUCAUUUUUUUACAGCACGGAAUGCCGGAAAUCGUGAAAAAAACGCCUUCGAUUUGA